AUGCGCGGCUUGGUGGCGCAAGCUGCGAUUCCUGCUGAAGAAUUCAUCGGACAGUAUUUUGGCCACAUGGAUAACGGCCCAGUCAACGACGGCUACAGAAUGCACCUACGGACCCGCACUACGGGCAACAAGUUCAUCGGCAUCGACGCCUUGAAAGUAGGCGGCAACCUCCGCUUCAUGAACCACGCCUGCAAUCCAAGUGCCCGGUUCCACGAAGUUCAAACGGGCCAGCGCCUGACGGUGGUCGCCGUCAGCAUUCGUGAUAUCUACCCGGGCGAGGAGGUGACGGUCUCCUACGGCAACAAGUUGUGGUUUGUCUGUCGCUGCGGGUGGUCGGGGUGCCAGCAUCGCCACCUGCAACACUUGCACCAGGACUCGGACUCUGCUUGA